UGUAUGGCAAUGUCGAUCGCAGGAGAUGACGAGCAGCAGCAGCUCUUGCUGGAGCUGGUUCAGCACAUUGAGCGACGACUGGCCACCACGACUGCGGCAACCACAUUGCCUCAUAAUGCCGAUCUAAACUCGGCUGAUACUGCUAUGGCACAGCAACAGCAGCAGCCGCAGCCGCAGCAACAGACGACCGGCGUCUCGCCAAACGCUGCGCGCGUGCUGCUGGACUGGCUCGAUCAGCGUCAGGACUCCGCCGACAGACCUCCGCAGCAGCAGCAGCAGCAACGUGGCAGCGUGUGCUCGUACUGUGCAUUGCGGUGCAUGGGCGCCAUCUGCAGCGCCGUGUACGCACUGCCUCGGAGCGUCGUCGAUGGCCAGCUCGUCGCCAGUCUCGCGCGACACGCGACAACAACCGCUCCACCGCUCGAGAGCCCAUCCAGUAACAAUCAUAGUAAUGGCUCAAGCAACACGAGUAGUAACGCAUGCGUCCUCUGUCUCGGACUGCUGCAAGCAAUCUCGGCACCUGCCUCAAGUCUACUCGACCAGAUGAUUGACGCGCUGGAUCUGCCAGCGUGCGAUGGCUUUGACAACUUUGCCGUGCAAGUGCAGUUGCCACCAGCCAUUGCCAUCCAUCAGCGCUGUUUUGGAGCGUAUUUGGCAGACCCGGCCACGGAUGCUCCCAUUUCCGGCAUCACUCCGCUGCCGUUGCUCGAGGUGGUCAAAACCAUGAUUGGCACCCAGCUGGCACGUCGGACAGGCCUCAAGUAUACUUCAGGAACAAGCGGGGCGCCUGUCGUGCUGCACUACCGGUUCGACCAUGCAGAAUCCGUCGAGGAAGAGCGCGCACUGACACAGCUGCCCGAGACUGGCUUGCGACUCCCUCACGCUGGCGACACUGGUCCACGGCGGCACUUCCACCAACAGCGCGACCGAAACCGUGCGCGAGAAUUGGUUGCAAACGCAGCCGCAUCGCUGGUCUCAGAGAACGAAGGUGAAGGCAACAACGACAGCGAUGCCGGAGUGCGCGCCGUGGCGCCUCCCGUCGCGCCGUGGCCCCACAUUUUUGAGCUCGAUGUCGUCGCUCGCGCAGUCGCCGGCCUGCCUGUCGAAAAGCUGCGAAAAUUCGUCGCCGUGCCGCCGAGGCCAGUCGCGCAGCCGGCCAUUCUGGGCCAUAGCAAAUUUACACGCGAUCCCAUCUUUAUCGGAGGGCGCUAUAACAAGUACUCGCGCGUCGUGAGUCAGUCGCCGUACAUUGUGGGCGAGGAGCGCAAGGGCGACACGUCCGUGCACGAACUGAUUGCGGCGCCGAUGCUUGCCUACUGUGGCGCGUCCGAAAUCAAGUUGUCGUCUUCCGGUCGCGAGGAUAUGGACGUUCGCAUGCUCGGUCGUGGUCGGCCUUUCGUGCUCGAGAUUGCAGACGCUCGACGAAGCUCACUGACUCCCGACAAGCUGGCGCAUCUGCAAGCGCUGGUGAAUGACGCUGCUGGCGGCCGCGUCCACAUUCGCGAUCUCAUCGUAGCGCAGCGCGCGGACAUCCCAGCGCUCAAUGAAGGCGAAGACGACAAGAAGAAACUCUACGGCGCGGUCAUUUGGGUGAGCCGGCCCAUCACGGCGGAGGACAUUGCGGCCCUCACUCGCCCAGAAGAGAUGGUCGUGCAGCAAAUGACACCAUUGCGCGUGAUGCACAGACGAGCCAUUUGCACACGACCGCGAUCAGUGUACUGGAUGCGAGCGCACCAGAUCAACGAGCACUAUCUUCUGUUGUGCCUCAGCACGCAGGCCGGCACGUACAUCAAAGAAUUCGCUCAUGGCGACUUUGGUCGCACGGCCCCCUCCAUCGGGUCGUUGCUUGGCAAUUGCGAAGCGGAUAUCGUUCAGCUUGAUGUUUUGGAUAUUGACAUGCCAUGGCCCCCAGCCCGAUGAUCCCCAGGACAAAACAGGCGUCCCAAAAACCUGAUAGCUUGUUUUUUUUGUUGGUUUUUUUUUCCGGAUGAAUGUAUUGAAAUUUAAG